AGACUUGCUGUGAAACGACGGUUCCUGGAGAAUGGGGUUGCUGCCCACAACCCAACGCUGUCUGCUGUUCGGACGGACUUCAUUGUUGUCCACACGAUAUGGUCUGCAACCUUGAUGAAGGCCGAUGCGAUGCCAAAAAUGGUCUUAUACACCCAUUGUUAAUUAAGGAUCCUCCAUCAGACAACAUUAAGUCCGAAGUGGUGAAAGUUGCCAACAAAGUCGACAUUAUUUACUGUCCAGGAGGUUAUUAUUACUGUCAGGACGGAGCUACUUGCUGCCCUCUGCCAAAUGGAGCAUACUCAUGCUGUCCUUACCCAUCUGCUUCGUGUUGUGCUGAUAUGAUACAUUGUUGCCCUUACGGUACUCGAUGUGAUGCAACUUCCAGAUAUUGCCUCAGAGGAAAUAAUCUUUAUCAAGCUCUUAUUAAGAAACCUGCUUUUCCUAUGAGUUAAUUUGUUAAUCUAUUUGUUAAUCGAUGGUUUUGUAUUGUUUAUAGACCUGUUAUAGACUAUUGUUGUUUAUAGAUUAUAGUAUUGCUUGUAGAUGGUUUUUGCAUUGUUUAUAGACUGAAUAAAAAUUAAAGGUUGCUUUGUGCACAGAAA